CUCUUAUUGUAGACAUUCAAGAUGGGAGAUUAUUAGAAAUGUAGAGAAAAGAGGAUAGCGGAAAAUAAAUUGAAAAUGCAAGAAUUGGGAAUUAAUUCUACGGCAUAUGAAACCCAAUCAAAGAAGGGAACAAAACGCAAAUGCAGGAGUAAGGAGCAUGAUAAUGGUACUGGGAAUGAUGAAAUAGAGCGUGAUCUUAGUGAUGAUGAUGAUGUCGAGUAUGAUCCGGAGAUGGAGGAGGAUAAAGGUGAGAUGGAGGAUAAAGCUGAGAAACAAACCGAUAAUGCAGCCCCUAUACAAGAGGAGGAUGAGAUGAUGUCAGCUCCUCAAACUCAAGGCGGCUUACAAGUCCGUACCACAACAAGUGAAAUUGUGAGUCACGUUCCAAAAAAGAGACAAGCACGAGGUCCGACAAAAGGAAUUGUGAGUAACAUGAAUGAUCCCAUGCACCUUGAAUACAAUCAGUUUGGUCAGCCAUGUGGUAAGUGGCGUAUGAAGUAUGGGACACAAGUUGGCAUUUGCAUGCGCAAACUCUCCAUUUUGGCUAAAUGGAGUGAGGUGUCAGAGGGUUUGAAGAAGGCGUUGUGGGAAGAUACAAUGGUAAGUGUAGAAGCUUACCCAAGUAUUUGGCUGCAUAUUAUGUAUAACAUACUUGUUAAGUAACUAUUAUGUUUUCCCUUUUUUGAGAAUCUAUUUCAUAUUCAACCCGAUGAAGCGAAGAAGGAAGUGUUUCUUUCGGCUGUUGUGGAAAGAUUUAGAGACUUCAAGACAAAGUUAGUGAGUGGAUGGAUCACGUUAAGAAGAAAAAAAACUACGUCUAAGAAGUUGACAAAAGGAAAGGAAAAGGAGAAUGAAGGAGGAGAGGAAGCGGGAAAUGAGGCGGGAAGGGAAAAUAAAAAGGCUUCUGAAAAGACGGAAGUACGGACAUUGUUGCCUUAUCAAAUAUGGGAUCACAUCACAAAAGAGGAUUGGGAAGCAUUUGUUGCCCAAAAAACUACUCCGAAAGAAGUUGAAAGGCGUGCUAAAGCUUACGAAAGUUCAAAGCAGAAAAAGUUUUAUCAUCAUAUGGGUCCUAAAACUUAUGAAGAGAAAAGAAAGGAGUGGAUGCAAGAAAAAAAAUUUUACCCAAGCAUGACCUCGUCAUCAGGGGCAACUUCUGGCUCUACACUUACGACAAAGAACAUUGAUCGAGUUGUUGAUUGGUAUUGUUCACUUCAUACUCGAGAUGCAAGUAGGAGAAGAACCAUUUCUG